AUGGUCCAGUAUAUCCACACCCCCUGGCGGGACCGGCAGGAGCUAUUGAGAGUCCGGCAGCAUAUCUAUCCUUCUUCUUCGUCUUCAUCACCAACGCCAUCGUCGACCAGCGCCAACGCCAGCGCCAACAACCACAGCAACAAUGACUUUGAUGGACGCAGCGAGGCCGACGAUGAUGAUGAUGACAACGACGAGCGAGAGACGACAGAGAGGGGCCAGCAGCACGCUGUCUCCCGCGUCUCCAUGUGGAUGCAGCGCGGCGGCUGCCCCCACUUGGUCGAGUCGACGGCCCUGCUGACGGCGGCCAUCCUCGGCGACGUCCACGAGACCAGGGGCGCGCGCGCGAGCUCGUCGGCUUAUGCGCUGCGCGCCGCGUACUCGGCGGCUUUCAGUCGUUUCGUCACGGGCCUCCUGGACAGCCAGCAGGACAAGCAACGCAAGCUGAGCAUGUACGCGCUCGCCAAGACGAUCGGGCUGCCGGCCACCUUUGUCGAGCUGCGCCACCAGGCUACGCACGAGCAGCUGCCGUCGCUGUCCAAGCUGCGCUCCGCGGCGCGCAAGGCCCUCGCCUGGAUCUGGGACUACUACUGGAAGAACCUGACCACCCAGGUGGAAGGGGAGGAGGAGGAGGGAGAUGGCGGGGUCGAGAAGGCGGACCCUUGUCGAGAGAUGCUGCUGAGAUGUCUGCGGGAGGACGAGGCGAUGGAGGAUGAGGUGCUGGAGAAGCUGCGAAGCCGGUGGGACGAUGCCGUCUUGCUUCGGACGCUGGCGGAUGUUGGGGAGGCCUCGGAGGAGCCCCGGAUUAUCCUCCGGUCGCUGCAGCUGUCUCGCGGGAUACUGGACGGAAGCCUUGCGAGCUCGCCGCCGGCUGCGGACCCGGAUUCAACUUGGGUCCCUGUGCAGAGGGAUUUCGACGCCGUUCGGGCCGAGCUGGAGAGCUUGGAGAACCAGCUCGAUUCAGCUGGGGCUGCUGAGAUUCAGUCUGCGGAGAGGGUUGUUGUCCCUGCUGCACCAGGCGAGGCGCCUGCUCAGACGAAGGGGUGGGCGAGGUAUCAGGGGACGUGGAGGCCGAAGCCUAUUGGGGUUGUGUAG